GCCCAAAGCAUUUGAUGCUUUUACGACCAUAGGCUAACAGAAAUAAAAAUGGUAGACUGUUCUGAGUUUGGGAAAGGUUUUGCUAAAACAUUUUUAUAUACGUCAAGCAUACUGGUUUUGUUAGUAGGUAUAGGUACUCUUGGCUUGGGAAUAUGGCUCUAUACAGUUUCGGAUAAUUUUUCGUACCUUCUUGAUGAGAAGACCCUGUACGUGGUAGCCAUCAUGACGAUCACCUUUAGCACAAUGUCCAUCCUUGCUGGCGUAUACGGUUUCUAUGGAAAUACAAAGGAAAAUAAAUACAUAUUGCUGACGUACGCCAUCGUGUUAGCAGUGAUCAUUUUUGCCGAGUUUACGGCUGGUAUUAUGGCACUGGUGUACCAAGACAAGUGCAAGUGCUGUGGAGCUGACGGGCCCAGUGACUGGCUCUAUUCAUAUUAUUACCUCGAUACGGGUUACAAUGUCCCCAACUCCUGCUGUCGAGAGGGCCUCGAUGGGACCUGUCAAGACGAUUCUUAUUAUAGCAGUACUAUAUAUCAAGAGGGAUGCACUGUCAAUGCGGGCGAUUGGAUUCAAAAAAACUUGGUUAUAGUUGGGGCCACGUGCCUGGGAGUUAUACCAAUUCACGGAAUCGCUAUAUUAGCUGUCGUCUGCGUCCAGAAGUUAGUCGUGUAUCCAAACCGCCUGCUCUAAGUAUACAAUGGGCAGACGAAUUUCAGCGCCUACGGUGAAACAAUAUCUACAAUUCUCAUAACUACUAUUACUUGCCUUCUUUGUGUACGAGUGCGUCGACCGAUAAGUUAAUUGCUUGACCGGAAACUGUUUUAUAUUUUCGCAUCCGGUGAGAACAUUAGACGACUGUCCAACACACACGGCAUGUUUGUAAAGUGUUUCUGUUACAGCGUAGGCACGCAUGUUCAGGAUGAUUUUUUUAAAAAAUUCGAAGUCGCACAAUGUUCACUCAUAAUGAUUAAAGGAAGACAGAGAUGUAUGGUGAAUACACUGCACAACAUAUAGGCCUAUGCAUAGUCCUAUAUGGCGAGCCGAGUUGUCAU